GACCUCGGCGAACGCGCGCCUCUCUCGUCUUAUCGAAGUCGAAAUAUCGACGUACAAAUGUACCAUACACCCGUAUAAUAUACAUUGAAAUCGUGACUAAAAGUGAGUGCUAUUUCGUAUUUAGUGAAAAUACAAACGGUUUUGUUUUAACAUUAUUAUUUUCACAACGCUUACCUGACUUUGUGACUCUUAUCACUUAUCAGUCGUCUGUGCAGUACGAAUUUUAUAUGUCUAAGACAAGUCAUAGAUACACAGUGGAAGAAUGAGCUCUAGGGGAAGCCGGCGACGUAGAGGUGCCACGGACGGAUAAGGGGCGCCGGCGGCAUGUGGAUGAGGGUUGCGCGGGCGCUGCGAGCUUUACGGCGCGGCGUAUUACUCCUGCCCCUAGCAUUGACAGCGCUGGCGCUGCUGCUGCUACCUCGCCCGCCACCUCUAGAGUCGUCGCCGCGAAGCCCCUCACCACCAGCGCCGGCACCACCUCACGAAGAAAUCCCACAACACAUCCAGAUAUCAGUAAUAGAGAAGGAAGAGGAAGACCAUGAGGAGGAUGAGGUAGCACGCCGGCCGUGGUACAUGCGUGGUGGGGAACAACGUCCCAAAUACAGCGAUCCGAAUGCGGGCUUGUUCCCAGAGGAUGCACCAGGUGAUGACAGAGUAGUACAACAGUUAAUGUACACAUUGCCGAAGGACGAAACGGCGCCUAUUAAGAAAAUUCUUCUUGCCAACGGUUUGGGAGCCUGGGGUGUACCCGCCGGCCGAACUGAAUUCAUCCGUAACAAAUGUCCAGUAGACCGCUGCUCAUUAACCGCUGAUUCUAGAGAGGCGGCCACAGCUGAUGCUAUUCUAUACAAGGAUCAUCACACACCUUUCAAUAUAAAACGACCGCCUAAUCAGAUAUGGAUCCUAUACUACUUGGAGUGUCCUUACCACACGGCGUCGUUGCGACCGACGUCGUUCAACGUGUUCAACUGGACGUCAACGUACCGUAGGGACUCGGAUAUCGUCGCGCCAUACGAGCGAUGGGUGUACCACGACCCACUGGUCACUGAAAAGGAUCUUGACAGGAAUUAUGCAGCCAAUAAAACUAAAAAAGUAGCGUGGUUUGUUUCCAAUUGCCAUGCGCGUAAUCGUCGUCUGCAAUACGCUCGCCAACUUGCUAAAUUCAUCUCGGUGGACAUCUACGGGGCAUGUGGUUCACACCAUUGUCCAAGAACGGAUCCCAACUGUUUAGAAAUGCUCGAUAGAGAAUAUAAAUUCUAUCUCGCCUUUGAAAAUUCCAAUUGUCGAGAUUAUAUUACAGAAAAGUUCUUCGUCAAUGGACUACAGCACAAUGUGCUACCAAUCGUAAUGGGCGCUCGGGCGUCUGAGUACGCUGCAGCCGCGCCGCACAACUCGUACGUUCACGUAGAGGAGUUCGCGGGCACCGAAGAGUUGGCCUCGUACUUAAAGCGUCUGGAUGAAGAUGACACGCUUUACAAUUCUUAUUUCAAGUGGAAGGGUACAGGAGAGUUCAUAAACACGUACUUCUUCUGUCGCGUGUGCGCAAUGGUGCACGCCAACGAGCGACGCCAGCGCAGCGCACACUACACCGACGUGCAGGCGUGGUGGCGUGACGGAUCGUGCACACGUGGCGAGUGGCGCGCCACGGAACACGACACCAGGGAAAACGGAUAGACACCACUACCCCAUAUGACGCCAUCUUGAGUCGUAACACCGAUGCUGUCCAGGGUUCUAUAAAUGACAGACGAAACGUUUUGUGUAGAAUAGAUAUUCGAAACGAAGCCUAGUGUUCCUUAAACUGAUCAACUUUUC